AUGUCACUAGUCUCAUCCAAUUAUGCAGAUAUAGAAAGUUCGACUUUAAAACAAGCAUCAUUACUACAUAUUAUUAGAGUAGAAAAUAUAAGUCAGUCCAAAUCACAUCAGAUCGAUGAAUGGAAAGAAAUCUCAGAUCCAAAUAAUGUAUCAGUGGAUAGAUUAAACAAAUCAAACAGAAUAAUCAGAGAAGUCAAUUUAGGAGAUGAUAAUGACGAUCAAUUCAAUGAACCAAGACUGAAAGACGCAUCAAUUUACAAAUUAUUACUCAGAGACAAAAACAACAAUUUCAUCUACGCAUAUGAAUUAGAACCAUUAAGAUUUCUAAGAAAUGAGAAUACGCAAACACCAGUUCCUAUAAAAUUAGGUGGGAGAUUAUUAAUUAAACCUGGUGCGAUUGUACUGCGAGGUGUUUUGAUGUUGGAUCAUAAAACUUGUGAAUAUAAGGGAAUACAUCAAUCUGAUUCUGAAUUAAUUAAGACCUUAAAUGAUGGUAUAGAUAAUAGAGAAAUUGAUAUCUUAUCAAAUGACUAA